GAGAGGGCAGCUCCAUAUAAGGGAUGCUCACUUAAGCUGUUCUCCGAUUGCAAACUUUGACUUUUUUAAAGGGACCACAACUCCCCGCACCCAUCAUCUUCGCUGAGGCUUUUGGGAGUUGUAGUCUACUGAGCCUGCAAAAAAAAAAAAUCCCUUCCUGCGGGGCCAGCUCGGUUUCAGAGCAGAUGUGGGGAGGAGGGAGAGGAAAAGAGGGGGGAGAAGGGGAGGCGUUUGGCUUUUGCAACCGGUUCCUCCAUCUGCUUCCUGGGGUUUGCUUUCGCUUCUUCCAGGCUCGCCUCCUCCCAGGUUUGCCUGGAUGCCUUUCCUUGCAAAGGGAGCCAAGGGACCAGAUCCAAAGGAGAGAGACAAAGGUGAAAGAGCUCCUGCCAAGUGGAAACAGCCAUGCUGAUGUGGAUGCGUUGCAGGAUCGGGGCCCUUCAUCAGAUCAGGGCCAUUGGGGGUUGCCAUGACCUCAGGUGCCCCCAGAAGAGAGGCUGCUGUUCUGGGGGGACCCCCUCGCCACCCCCCAAAAUGACCGCAUUGAAAAAGAGGGGCUAUGACGUCACACGAAACCCGCACCUCAAUAAGGGUAGCAAACACAGCCCUGUGGAGCCUACAUUGAAUGGAGGUCUCCUCUGUAGAGCAGAAGCCAUGAUGGGGAAUGAAUCAAACAGCAGGGUUUCCAGUAAAUGGGCUCUUUUGGUUGAGGUCAGAUCAUGGUUCCAUUGAAAAAUACAAAAAGUUACAGUGCAUAUAUUUGGUUAAGAGCUAGUUCUGGCCAGGAGAAAAGGUUCCUUGGACUUUGCCUAAAUGUUAAAAGGAGAAAGGGAAAAGAAAGCAGAUUUCUGUUUCCGAGGUGGCAAGUGAACAGUAAGCUUCAAUUUAUGCCCUAGACAAGUAAGGGGCUUGGAGGAAAUCAUUGUACAGUAAAUGAUUGUUUGCCAAUUUCUUCGGGGGCUUCAUUACCCAAUGCAAGAACGAACAGCCCUGGGAGGGAGAACAGGAGAAAGGCACUGAAAGAAUCACAUUGUGGUUUUAUUUUUAAAGGACCUUGUUUUCAGUAACUCACUCUUCAUGUAAUUUGGCAGCCAUCAGGAAAAAAACAGAAGGAACUCAUUUUGUUGCUACGACUGACCUGGAAUACAUUUCCCUUUUAUCGGGACAGAAAACAGGCAAGACACUGGCUCUUUUGUCAGCCUGCAAACACAGCUGAAAGUGAAAUCUUAGUAAGGAGCGGCAGGAGCCAUGAUUGGCGACUGUUUCCAUAUCCAUGCUGAUGUUCUUAUGGGGGCUGACAAAAGCUAUUCUGUGGUCGAGUCUAAGGAUUUGACUACACUUGCAAAGAAACCUGGACUCACCUUGAUUAGGAAAGUUGGCUGCCCCCAUAUGUGUCAGAACCCUGCUACUAGAGCCUGUAUGUGGCUCUGAGUUUCAGGGUCACUGACAUUGAUAAGACACCUGCGUCUCAGGACUCGGAGAAGAAACGGCUGCUGGACUUGGCGGGGAAUUUGCGCGGGGUUUUACUGAGCGGGAAGAGACUUUUCAAAUGAGGGGGAGGGUAUAUAAAGGAUGGUUGGCCGGAGUCUCCCAUUCUUGGCUUUUCGGAUGUUUAUGUUUCCUGCAGUAAAGUUUCUGGUGAUAUCACAGAGAGUCUCGUGUGUUCAUUCAGGAGCGGCUGUGGUGAGCUGACACUAAGCCAAGAAUAUAGACACCAUCCCGCCGUAGCGGUGAGGUGUAACAUGCAAGGGGAGGAUGAAGAACUCUUGGGCGCAGGAGGAGGAAGGUCGGGAAGGGCCACUCCCGAGCCGGACGCUGAGUUCCACCAGCUGGCGGCCCUGGCGUCAUCCACCGCUUAUGCCCAGCCAAAUGGGGUAACCCAGAGGCGUGGAGUGGUGCGGGGAGACAGCACCGGAGGAGAGGAAGGUUCGCCUUCCCCAGGCCCACAAAGGAUGGUGUUUCUGGAGGAGAGGAUGUCGGCGAUGGAGACCACCCUGGCAGUAAUGUCGAGGGCGAUGGAGCGCCUGGCGUUUUUGGUGGAGCCAGAGAGAGGAAGGGAACUUCGGGCUGGCUCAAUGUGGGACAUGAGUGUGGGAAGCAGCCAGGGCUUUGCAGACCUCCCAGCACCGAAGGGAAGGGAAAUGCGAAAGGAGCCCGGCGCCCGGCCCAAGACCCAAACAAGCCUGACGCGGGUGGAGGAGAGUGACGACGAAGGGGAAAAGCCUCCGAGAAUCCCGGCUACGCUCCCAGCUGAGACCCUAGUGCCCCUGGCGAAUGCCGGGCGUGGCACAGGGCCAAGAGAAACAGCAGCGGGGCCCACUGGUCCGCAAGGGGGCUUGCGACGGGCGGAGGAUUGGGGAUUGCCGCCACAGGGACCCCUACCGAGACGAGAGGAACUAAGGAUCGAGUUUGGGGGAGAGUCCUCUGAACUGGAUUUUUUCCUUACCACAGUGAGGGGCUAUAUGGAGGACAAUGCUCACACUUUUAGAACGGAAUCCAGCCGGAUACGGGCCAUUGGCGCAGUGUUGAAGAGGGGAGCGGCUAGCUGGUACGUUCAGCUGCACGCGCGGCGCGACCCAUGUCUGGGGUCAGUCCGACGCUUUAUGGGGGCCCUGGAGACCCGUUUCCGAGAUCCAUUGGAGCAGAUCCGGGCGAGGGAGAAGUUGAAGACCAUCUCCCAGGGGCAGAGGUCGGUAUCUGAGUAUGCGGAGGAAUUCCAAUGCCUCGCCGAAAAGGUGCCGGAAUGGUCUGCAGUGACAAAGAUGGAACUCUUCAAAGAGGGGCUCAGGCGGGAGAUCCUCUCCUGGGCGGUGCAUCGUGAUGAGCCUGACACACUGCGCGGGUGGAUUCAGCUGGUGGGGCGCGUCGAGACAUCGCUGGCCCAGGUGAGGAGGCACCGAGGAGCGCUACAGCAAUGGCCGCAGAUGAAAGAGGGGAGCCGGGAGGGAUCAGAAAGAGGGGAGGGAUCAGCCCCAGCCGGGAGGAGAGCGGAGCCGACAGGGAACGUGAGCGCCAGCAGGAGUGGCUGCUUUGUGUGCGGCCGGUUGGGCCACAGAGCUGCCGAGUGCUGGCAGAGAAAAGGGGAAAGCGGAGGCCAGCCCAAACCAAGAGCCGUGGCAGGAAAACGCGCCGAGGAAGAAACACCGAUGAGGCACCAUUCGGGGGGGUUGGUAAGUCAGGACAAAGCUAUGAUAGUGGUCCCCAUUCAGCUUGAAAAUGGCAGCAAACAAGCAACCUGCAAAGCGUUUGUGGAUUGUGGAUGUUCCAGGAACAUCAUUUCCCCUGAAUUAGCCGAGGGAUUAGGAUGCGAAAGGACGAACCUAGAAUCCCCAAUAGCAUUUUCGCAGUUGGACGGAUCCACAGCAUCAGGAUCGUUAGCUAGGUACAGUGCCGAAGAUGUAAAGUGUAAGAUAGGGAGUUGGGAAGGAAAGGUGUCAUUUGUGAUAUCACAAAUAGCCAGCUAUAAUGUUAUACUAGGCAUGCCGUGGCUGGGGCAGGCCAACCCGCAAAUCAACUGGGAGGAUAAGAGCAUGAUUUUCGGGAUGAGUUUGGAAGAAGGGAGCCAGGAAGUUGAGAGGGAGCCGGGGAAAAGGGGGGAGGAAGACUCUAUCAGAAUAGCAGAACUGGCAGAUAAAUUACCCCCAGAGUAUCGGGAUUUUGUGGACGUGUUUGACGAGAAGGAAGCAGACAAUUUCCCACCGAAGCGGAGAGUUGAAGUGAAAAUAGAGCUAGUCCCAGGAGCAGAGCUUCCCAAGGCAAAGAUAUACCCGAUGUCGGCUAGGGAAAAGGAGGAACUGAGAAAGUACAUUGAUAAAAACCUAGCGAGAGGUUUCAUAGAACCUUCGAACUCCCCUUUAGGGGCACCUGUGUUGUUUAGGAGGAAAAAGGACCAAACGCUGAGGCUCUGCAUUGACUACAGGGGCCUGAAUGCAAUCAGUACUGUAAAUAAAUACCCUCUACCCUUAGUGAAGGACUUGAUCGCCCAGUUAUCGGAGGGACAGAUAUUCACUAAAUUGGAUUUAAUUGAGGCUUACCAUAAAUUGCAGAUCAAACCAGAGGACAGGUGGAAGACGGCCUUCUCCUGCGCCUUCGGAUUAUUCAAUUAUUGUGUGCUCCCAUUCGGUUUAUGCGGGGGAGGGGCCGCGUUCAUGCAAUUAAUCAACGAAGUGUUGCAUCCAUUAUUGUACAAGGGAGUCUUUAUUUUUUUAGAUGACAUAUUGAUAAUGUCUCGGACCAAGGAGCAACACGUAGAACUAGUCAGGGAAGUCCUACAAAAGUUGAGGGAAGCGAAGCUGUAUGCGAAGCUUGCCAAGUGCGAGUUCAAUAAAGACCAGAUAGACUUUCUGGGGUAUAGGAUUUCCUCCCAGGGAGUGGCGAUGGACCCUGCGAAGGUGGAAGACGUAAGGGGGUGGGAAGCCCCCAGAACACGGAAGCAGCUGCAAUCCUUCCUGGGGUUCGCAAACUUCUAUAGAACAUUUAUCAAGGACUUUGCGCGCCUCACUUUGCCAUUAACGGAUUUGUUAAAGACUAAAGGCAGGGGAGAAACAGCCAAAGUGAAGGCCCCAGGGGCCAAACUGACCUGGACAAUAGAAUGCCAGGAAGCUUUCGAAGCCCUAAAAAAGCGUUUUACCGAGGAGCCUGUCCUACAGCACCCUGAUAUGUCUAAGGCCUUUGUACUACAUUGCGAUGCGUCAGACCGGGCAUAUGGGGCAGUUCUGCUGCAAAAAGACGAGGGGGGGAACCUGAAGCCAUGUGGCUAUCUGUCGAAAAAGUUUAGCGAUACAGAAAAAAACUGGCCGAUUUGGGAGAGAGAAGCCUUAGCGAUUCUGAAAGCACUAGAGUGCUGGAGACACUUUCUGGAAGAAAGUGGAACACCGUUUGAGGUGUGGACUGAUCAUAGAAAUUUACAGUAUCUGAGAUCCCCUCGUAAACUAUCAGCGAAGCAGAUUAGAUGGGCCCAAUAUUUCAGCCGUUUUGAUUUCAGACUCAAGUUCUUCCAGGGGAAACACAACAUACUCGCUGACGCUCUCUCUCGGAUGCCUCAGCACGGGGGAGGAAUUCAGGAAUCUGAGGGGAGCCUUUUCCUAGAUAAGCAAUGGGGCCUGGCAGUACUGACUCGAGCACAAGCAGCCAAAGAAAACAAACGUACUGCUAUUUCCACGGGGGGGAGGAGAAAUAUGGGAGGAAGAGUUGAAGCGAGCAUAUGGAAUGGACAAAUGGUUACAAACGAACAAAGAACAGGGAGAACUGUGUGGGGAUUUGGUGUUUGUUAAUAAGAAAUUGUAUAUUCCUGAAUGUUUGAGACAAGAAAUGUUAAGGAAAUGCCACGAUAACAAGGGUGCAGGUCAUCUAGGCCCCACCAGGACUAUUAAACUGUUGGCCAAACAAUGCUGGUGGCCCGGAAUGAGGAAAGACUCCAGGGGGUACGUCACGCAGUGUGAAUUAUGUGCAGAGGGAAAAACACCACCUGGGAAGCCCCAGGGGCUAUUGCAGAAGGUGGUGGAACCCAUGAGGCCAUGGGAAUGCGUGGCAAUGGAUUUUGUAGGCGAACUACCCCCCAGCAGAGGCCACAGAUACAUUUGGACAAUAUUGGACCUAUUCUCAAAACAGGCACACUUUGUGGCCCUGCCAAAACUCCCCUCGGCUGAAAAGCUCGCUGAUUUGUAUGUGAAGCAUGUAUAUCGCCUACAUGGGUGCCCUGACAAAAUAAUUAGCGACCGGGGAGUCCAAUUCACUGCAAAAUUUUGGGGAAAAUUCUUACAGCUGUUAGGAGCGGAAAGGAAUCUGAGCUCGGCUUUUCAUCCCGCAACCAACGGGGGGGUCGAACGUACCCAACAGACACUGUGCCAAUUCUUGAGGAUGUACACCAAUUAUAGACAGGACGAUUGGGCGGACCUUCUUCCGUUUGCUGAGAUGGCUUUUAACGGGGCCGUACA